GUGAACACACUGUCAUCUUCGUCUUCCGUCUCGCCACCCAUGUUAACGCUAACGAACGACGUUGACGUACAAUCUUCUUCACACUGCUUCUCAAAUUGCCGCCUGUAGUAACUGGCUAGCUGCCAAGAAGACAGACGCGCUAGAUGACGUAGCCUACGUCACGUCACACGUCCCAGAGCCAAUGAUAGCGGAUUCUACACACAAGAGACACGGACCACUCUGUGCACAACGCAUAGGCUAUUUCAAGUGGAGAGAAAAUAGAUAGUUGAAUAUACAUAUUCACGUAGCCUUUCGAAAACCGGGACAUUUAGUGUCCCGGGAGAGUGGAUAAAUUUCCCGGGACAGGUUAUUAAAAAGAAGGACAAUCCCGGUAAAACCGGGACAGGUGGCAACACUAUGUCCCGUGUUGAAAAUCCUUCAAAGACCUUCAAAGUUCUGGUCACCAUUCACAUAAGAGGACCAACAGAGCUGAAAUAUUCUAUUAGUAGUGCAUGAGGGUUGAGAUGGAUGUGUCUGGCCAUAGUCUGUUCCUCCUGCAACAGCUGAAUGUCCAAAGGGAGUUUGGCUUUCUCUGUGACUGCACUGUUGCCAUUGGCAACGUAUACUUCAAGGCUCAUCGUUCAGUCCUCGCUGCAUUCUCAAACUACUUCAAAAUGAUCUUUAUCCAUCAGUCCAGUGAGUGUAUCAAGAUCCAGCCCACUGAUAUUCAGCCAGAUGUCUUCAGCUACCUUUUACACAUAAUGUAUACUGGCAUGGGUCCCAAACAACCUGUAGACCAGGCCAGACUUCAGGAGGGCAUCAAAUUCCUCCAUGCAUAUCAGCUCUGCCGUAAAACAGGUGAGGGUGGCCCUGACCCAUCCUCUGACCCCAUCCGUACGUCCAACCUCUAUGGUAUUCAGAUCUCUUCACAGCUAGCCAAUAAAGAGAACUCAGGCUUGAAGGCUGGUGGUUCAAGGGACCCUGAGGAUGGCCGCUCCAGUACAAGGGCUGAUCGCACACAUGGGCGAUUGACACUCGCUGUAGGGUUGGAGGGCAUCACAUCUGAGCGGCAGCCUCAAAGCUUCCAUGCAGCAUCCUCAGUGGCCUCAGGGGAUGACUCUGACAUCUCCACACGGAUCAAGCAGGAGAGAAUAGAGGAGGAAGAACAACAACAACAGGAAUGUGAGAAGGAGUCUUGCUCUCUCUCCCCAACCCUGGUGAGCCCCUGCCAAGCUGGCCUAUUCAAAGACGGCCCUUUAGCACUUUUAUGUCCCCGGUGUGGUGAACGGUGUCUGUCACCCGAAGGCCUACAAGCGCACCUUUUUAGCCAUGCAGCCUGUGCCCUCGAGCCUAGCUGUCUGAUGGAGGGCCCUUCAGAGGAAAAAACUGGUGAGCAUAAGGAGCGUGUGGACGCUGGUAGUCUGGAGGAGGCCCUUCAGCAGAGCCAGGCCCUGGCAGACGAGCUGGCUGUAGAACUAAGGCGAGGUGGCGGGACAGGAAGUAGCGUCAGUCCGUUGGCAGCCUUCACACGAAAGAGAAAGAUGGCCUGUGCCGUCUGCAACCUUCGCUUUUCACAGAAGAGCCAGCUGCAGGAGCACAUGUUCGCACAUGUGGGCAAGCCGUUACGAUACCACCGCUACAGUCGCUUCUGUGGGCAGCUACUCCAUGGUUGUGAGACCCAGCCAGAUAUUACUGCAGCCACAGGAGAUGAAGUAGGCAAAGACACUCAGGAUAAUGGCAGUUCCUGCUACUCACUGGACUCUGAGGUCUCUCAGGAGAGUGUUGACGCAGUCACUGUGGAAUGAUGUCUAGUCAUGUAGCUUUGACAUACAUCAAUACAAAUGCACAGUCUCUCUUAAGGAAUUGUAUUUACUGCCUGAGCAUCAAUACACUUCUGUCCUGUCUCAAAAGUCAUGUGCAAGAAUUUUGUUUAAACUUAGUGUUGAUGAUUGUAGUGUUGAUGUAUAAUGAUGUUGCUGACUCUUGGAUGACUGAACUCUGUUGGAUUUCUUUAACAGGUAUUAAAUCCAAAUGUAGGAAGUAUUACAUUGAAAAGCAUGUGCACAUAAAACCCAAACAGCACCGAAAAUGAAUUGCCAUCAACGAAUGAUCAAUCAUAAAAUUUGUUUACUCAAACUAAUAAUGUAAGUAUUUCUGUAUUUAUUUCCAGUUGUGGCCUAAUUGACUGAGCAGAGAUUCUAAAUGAUUCCUUCCCUAAUUCAAGAUCAAUUUUCUUCAAACCUGGUUCAGUGCCUUAGAAUUUUUUUGCCAAACAUCUAUGUAUAAAAGCACUUAAACUAUGGCUCAGGCAGUUGAACCAAAUCCAGAGGUUGUAUUUCAUUUUUCAAGUUAACAUUCAUUUGAACAGUGCCUAUUUUUGCAAAGUUAUUCAACACGUCUACACAAUCAGAUUAAUCUGUCUAAAGAAUAUGUCCAAAUGGUGCUUUCCUAAAAGCAUUUGAUAUGUUUAAAUCCUUUCAAGAUUAUACUGUGUAUGAAAUGCAAAGUAUAAAACCAAACCAACUUUGCAAUACAUCUUUCUACAGAAACUGGGACAGUGCAUAAUUAUAAAGAUGGUACAAUGCUAUACUAGACUGUAAAUGUCAAACACAACACCUCUAGACAUACAGAUUAUUUUCAAAGGCUAAUGCAUCUGAUCCGAGACAAAUUAAGAAAUCCCAUUACUCAGAAUUUUUUUUUUAUUUGGAAUUAUUUAUCAACUUCAAGAUAUCACUGAUGGUAGACAUGGUUUCCUUUGUGCUGUAUUUGAACUGUUUAUACACCAGUUAUAUUUGUUGGAUACUCAAACUGAGGUUGGUGUACUGUGAUGAGUAUCUUAAAAUCAGCAAAACUUGCAUUUGUGUUAUUUGUGUGACUUGUUUAGUGCAUUCAAACGGUCUAUUUUCAUCAACAGCAGCACUCAAUGCCAUUGUGUGAUACUGUGUUCUAUUUAUUUAAAAAAAAAUGAUGCAUUGAAUAAACUGAAUUAUAAUGCAUUUAUGUGUACUUUGUCGCUGGUUCUAGU